AUGGAUGAGUAGGAGGAGGCUUUUCUAGAUAAGUUUGAUGGCUUUUCUACUUUUGAUAUUUUGAUCAAGCUCAGAGCUGAAGGAGAUCCUAACUUCAAAGUUGAUUUUCAUGUUAAUUUUUCUACCAUAGAGCUGAUUGCAAGAGAUAAUUUGAUCAACCUCAGUAUACAAGAAAUAAGAGCUCCGUAUUAUAAGAGAAAGGAAAAUGAUCAGUAGAUUCCAACUCUUGCGUUCACAGCUAAAUAUAACAAAUUGAUGGUAAACAUCUGCAAAUCAGAAUCUCUGAAUGAGUAGAACAAGAACUUGCAAGCUGAGCUACAAGAGAAAAUGCAAAAGUUAACCGCCUGCAAAUAAGGUAGAGAAGAUCGCAUUAAAAGACUAAAAAUGCUGAUUUUUGAAAAACAAUAGGCAAUUGAGUAGAAGCAAAGACAAGCUAAUGAUAUCAAGAAUAAUCUUAAGAAAAUAGAUAAAUUUGCAAGCGAUAAACUAAGUGAAGGGAAAUACUAUCAAGAAGUAUUUAAAGCUUUUAAGAUUAAAUUAAUAGAUGAUACAAAAAGUUCUCAGCAGAAAUUUUUGAAUUCUGAUCUGUGUAAAGUGAUAUACCUUUAAAGAUAGACAAAGUGUUUAUUCGAACUAUUCCAGAUAUUUUUUAUUCCCGAGGCUAUGAAGCUUUAUGGAGGCAUCAAAUAUUUCUCAACAAACACUCUGCUUAGAAAUAAGUAUUUGGAUUCUUAGAAAUAUGAAAUAAAGUUGAGUGUCUCACUUGGUUAAAUAGUUUAGCUCAUUAUACAUUUAUCAGUGUGUUUAGGAGUACCUGCUAAAAAUCCCAUGAUUUUUAAUGGGCAUAGAUCCAUUAUCUUAAAUUCAAAGCAAGAGUAGGAUUAUAGAACUAUAGACACAGGAAUCAUGUUACUUGAAGCAAAUCUUAAGAGAAUAUAUAGAUAGUUAGAUAGACUUAAGGAUGUGUAUCACCUAAAUCAAGAUAGAUCAAGUAACAUGCCCUCAUUACCCUUCCCCAACAAUAUUUUUGCUCUUUUAUAUAAAAUUUGUGACUUAAUUGCAAUUAAACCUAACCUUAUUCAUCAUCUCAAUCAACAAAAACCUUCAAUGGGAAACUAAAUCCACAAAAUGUGUACUUAAAACUUCGAAUCCAUGGUGGACAGAAGUACUCUUAGAUUAUCGAAAUUCCCUCAGAAGUCACGCAAAGUUCUCUAAUUACCAUCUACACAGCUCUUCAACAAGUAUGAAUAAAAAUUCGACUCUUUGAGUAAAUUCAACAAGCGAAGCAUGAGAAGAAAACAUAUAAGAGUACUAAAGAUUGGAUUUCUAUUUGGAACUGUAAACGAGCAUGAGGUAUUGGAUAAUGUUUAUGAGAUGAUGAUGACGGAUUAGGAAGAUACUUAAAUGGGAUUGAUUGGAAUUAAAAUGACCGUGGUAAGUGGCUCUUAAAGUGUUGGCUAAUAAUUUAAGAUUAUUAGUCUCAAAGACUACAAUGAAGUUCAAGAGCAUUCCAUCCAUCUUAACACAAUGAGAGAAAAUGAACUAGAAGAAGAAGAAAUCAUAAGUGAAAUAGCAUUUACUUAUGAUAAUUAGAUGAUCACUUAAGUUAGACUGCAAACGAGCCACAGAUAAAUGCUGAUUAGUCCAAAUGAUGUUAAUUACUGCAAGAUAGCAAAGAGUGACAGCUCAAAAGAUGUAUAUAUAGUGUAGUCAGACAAUGGUAUUAUUGGAUUUAAGGGUUCAUAUAACAAGAAAACAGGAUUCAUAAAUAGAUUAGAAAUAGUUGAAAAUCAGCAGAAUUUAAGAAAGUUAGAUAUUUUCAAAUGA